UUAUACAUAAAAUGCUACCUAAAUAUAACUAUUUCUUUUAUGCAAAUGCAUGCCACGUUUGUAAAAAAUUUGGGGGAGGAAUCUCUUUAAAAAGAUGUGGUAAUUGCACUAUGAUCUCUUAUUGUUCCAAGGAACACCAAAAAAUGCAUUGGUCACAACAUAAAGAUUUAUGCAAUGCAAUAUGCAAUAUUUUAAAGGACAAUCAACUAUCAACCUUUUUAAAUAUUCAACAAAAUGUUGAUAUAAAAGCUUGGACUCAAAUGAAAAUGAAUUUCAUGUUACUAGUAGCAAUAAAGGUUGGUAGAAAAUUAGAACACUAUGAAGAGCAAAUGUUCAAAUUUCUUAGAUUAUGUGUUGUGUGCCAUGAUCAAAAUGUAAGAGUUCUUGAAGAUUGCCCUAAUUGUCCAAAUACUAGUUUUUGCACAAAGCACAAAGAUGAUAUUGUACAUAAAAGAUAUUGUGAUCUGAUAAAAUUAUGUUUUAAUUUAGAUGUAAUCUCAAUAACACACGAGAAAAAGAUACCAAAAAUAAGAAUACCAUAUCAUAUAAAUCAUGUAAAUUUACCAAAAAACAUGAGAUAUUUUAUAGAUUCUUACAUUGAACCAUGGAAGAAUUCACAUAUGUCAAUAGUAGAGGAAACAAUGAUUAAUUCAGAAUAUCUUUCACGACCUUUAACAUUUCUUUACGCAAUACAAAAAUUGCGAUAUCUUUUGAAUGGUAAUAGUUUCGUUGUUCAUGUUAUUGCAGCCAAUAUGAUAGACAUGGAUGGUAUAGAACUUUGGGAAAUUCUCUUACACUGGUUACCAUGCAUUACAACAAUACAAAUUUUUCUAAUAGGACCUGAAUUAUCUAUAGAUUCCAUAUCAGUGAAUCUGUGUAAGGAUUGUCAAUAUGAUAAUAAACAACUUUUAAUUCAAAUAUGUAGUAUGCUUUAUGAGAAUUAUACAAAUAAUGAUUCCUAUGUGAAACCAGAUUUUAUUGUUGGAUAUAAUGCAGGAAUACAUGAAUGUGAAGAUUUUAGAUCUGAAAACUAUUCAUGGAGACAAUCUUUAGAGAUAGUAGCUGAACAAAAUUGCCCACUGAUUCUAACAUCGUAUACUUCAACAGAAGCAGAAAAAGAACAAAUCAGACUCAAUGAAGUUUUAAACAAUCAUGUAAAGUAUACAUAUUUUGAACAGAAUCCAUUUUCCAGUUUAAGACCAUACAGAGAUUUUGAAAAUGAAGGAAUAUAUUACCAAAACCAAUACAUAAUCAUUUAUGAAAAUUUAAAUACACUACAGUAAUCGAUAUUUAUAGGUUAAAUUUGUAAUUGAUAUUAUAGGAUGUAUUUUAUACUUAAUUUGAUAUGUUUACAUCAUUGUUUGUAUGAAUUUAUUGUUAAAUAAAUGUGUAAUACUAUUUGUAAAACGAGCAUUUUUUUUAAAGAAAAGUUAUCAUUUUAG